GAGAGUACCUGAGCUCGGCCUCCCUUAGGGUCUUGCUAACGUAGAAGAUGACAUGUUGGAUGUCGUCUUCCUUCCGGAUGAGCACAGAGCUGAUGGCCGCCGGGCUGACCCCAAGGUAGAGGUAGAGGGUCUCCCCUACCUUGGGUUUGGAGAGCACAGGAGGUGAAGAUAGAUAUCAUUUGAGCUCGUCGAAAGCCUCCUGGCAUUCUGAAGUCCAUUGAAAACCAGCCGUCUUCCUCAUGAUUUGGAAGAAGGGUAAAGACUUCUCCGCUGAUUUAGAUAGAAAGCGGUUGAGGGCUGCCAGGCGGCCCGUCAACCGUUGAACUUCCUUCACAUUGCGUGGGGGUUCCAUGUCGAUGAUGGCCUGGAUCUUCUCGGGAUUGGCCUCAAUACCCCUUCGGCUCACCAUGUAGCCCAAGAAUUUGCCCCCUUGGACGCCGAAGGUGCACUUCUUCGGGUUUAGCCGAAGGUUGAAUUUUUGCAUGAUGGCGAAGAUUUCCCGGAGGUCGUCGGCAUGGCUGGAAGAUUGUUUGCUCUUGACGAUCAUGUCGUCAACAUAGGCCUCCAUGGUGCGCCCUAGGACGGCUUGAAAGACCCGGGCCACCAUCCGGGUGUAGGUGGCCCCCGAGUUCUUUAGGCCGAAGGCCAUUACCAGGUAGCAGAAGAUGCCCUCGCGAGUCAUGAAGGCAGUUUUUUCGGCGUCUUCCUCGUGCAUGAAAAUUUGGUGAUACCCUCGGAAGGCAUCGAGGAAGGACAUGAUCUCACACCCUGCGGUCUCAUCCACCAGUUGAUCAAUAUUUGGUAGAGGGAAUGGAUCCAUAGGGCACGCCUUGUUGAGAUCGGUGUAGUCCACGCACAUGCGGAAGGUAGGGGGCUUCUGUGCGAGGACUACGUUGGCCAGCCAUGAGGGAUAUUUCACCUCCUUGAUGUGCUUAAUAGAGAGGAGCAUGGCGACCUCCUUCUUCACAAAUUCCCUUCUCUCGGCCGAGAGGGGUCUUCUUCGUUGUUGUACUGCUUUUGCCGAGGGGUCCACCGAGAGGCGGUGGGUGAUGACCCUUCGGCUGAUUCCCGGCAUGUCCUCCGGCCCCCAUGCAAAGACAGUGGAGUGGGCGCGGAGGGCGUCAGUGAUACCGGUCUUCAGAUCUUCGGGGAGCUGGGCUCCAAUCUUCACGACUCUCUCCGGCUUGGCCGGAUCGAGUGUAAAGUCUUCUACGUCCUCGGCUGGUUCAGCCCUCGGCCUUUUUUCUUCUUGGUCGAUGGUUCCGGUGAUGGUGAAGAUAGCAGGCGCGGGCGAUUUUCUGAUUCCCCCGGGAGUAGCCAAUGCCCCCCUCGGCGGGAAACUUGAGGCAGAGGUGCCUCAUGGAGAUGAUGGCCUUGAGAUCCUCGAGGGCUGGCCGACCGAGGAUGAUGUUGUGGGCGCAGUCGAUGUUUACGACACGAACUCCACUUCGAGCUGGGCUCUAUGGAGCCCGUCGCCGAAGAUCACCGGGAGGGUUAUUACCCCCUCGGAAUCAAUAGUAUCGCCGGUGAAGCCGGCGAGAGGGGUCUUAAUGGGUCGAAGGGACCCCCUCUCCAGAUGCAGCUCUCUGAAGGUGCUGAGGUACAUUACAUUGACGGAACUGCCCGUGUCAAUGUAAGUUCGGUGAAUGAUGGUGUCGUUUAUUUCAGUCCGAAUCACCAAGGCAUCCCUGUGAGGAGAAGAAGUAGGAGGGAGAUCUGCGUUGGUGAAGGUGAUGGGUUCUUCCCUCAGCCGCUUUACCGGGGGCAUAUUGUAAUACCCGAGAUUAAUGUAAGAGGAUUAAUAGUACUACUCAUACCAACAGAGGUGCAUCUCCUUUUAAGGGAGCUCAUUAGCCAAGAACUCCAAAGUUAAGCGUGCUUGCACGGGAGUAGUCUUGGGAUGGGUGACCCCCUGGGAAGUUUCUCAGGGCGCGCACGAGUGAGGACAAAGUGCGCGGAAAAGGCUAGUGGCGGUUUGUGAGGACAGUACUUGAGGUCAGAAGUAACUACCUCGGGGCCUACGGGGCCGGGGUGUUACAGGUGGUAUCAAAGCAACCAUGCGACAGUGUGCUGACCCGUUAGAUAUCGGGCGGGCACUUAGCGGGGCAAGAUUCUGGGGUUUUAUUGAGAUUGGUUUAAGGGCGCAACGAGGACGUUGCGAUCCUAAGUGGGGGUGAUUGUAAUACCCGAGAUUAAUGUAAGAGGAUUAAUAGUACUACUCAUACCAACAGAGGUGCAUCUCCUUUUAAGGGAGCUCAUUAGCCAAGAACUCCAAAGUUAAGCGUGCUUGCACGGGAGUAGUCUUGGGAUGGGUGACCCCCUGGGAAGUUUCUCAGGGCGCGCACGAGUGAGGACAAAGUGCGCGGAAAAGGCUAGUGGCGGUUUGUGAGGACAGUACUUGAGGUCAGAAGUAACUACCUCGGGGCCUACGGGGCCGGGGUGUUACACAUAUGGGUGACUUCCCCCACGUAAAGAGAUUGAGCCCACUUUUUCCGCUGACUGGUGGAAUCGCCCCCUGUAUUGCCGCCGGUGAUCAUUAGGAUGUGGCGUUUUUUCUCUUUGUAGUGGGGGUACUCCUCCUCUUCCUCCUCCAAGUUUCCGAUCUCCCUCUUCUUGCCGAGGGGGAUGGUGUUCGGGUUCACCCAAGCGUUCACCUUCGUGUGGUGUCCUCGGGGAGGUCCCUGAUGAGAAGGUCCCUCCUGCCGAGGGCUCUGAACAAAUUGGGAUAGGUGCCCCGCUUGUAUCAAUCUCUCGAUGGCCGUUUUUAGCUGGUGGCAGUCAUCGGUUCUGUGCCCCUGGUGCCGAUGGAAGCGACAGUAUGGGAAUUGAGGGUUGAUAGCAUGUACCUCCGGGGGUGCGCGAGAAUCGCGCUCAACGAGGCCCCUCUCCUCGGCAAAAUCAAGGAUGAUGCUGAUGGGGUGCGUCAAUGGUGUCCGAGGGCGGUCCAGGAGAAUGGGUUGUGCCCAAGUCUUAGGGCUGCUCUUAUAACCUCCCCCGGGCUUGGCUUGGCCUUGCCGAGGGUGGUCAUCAGAGGGUCUUGAAGCCUUGGGGUGAUUUGGAGGAGCCCCCGACCCUCGGUUGUUCUUGUUGUCAGCCCUCGGGGGCUGCGGAUCCGGAUGCUGGUGGUAUUUCUCCACCUCCUCGGCCUCAGCAUAUCGGUCCCCCCGCUGCAAAGCCAUUAUGUAGUCGCGGGGGGGGGGGGGGGGGGGGUUCAAUGAUGAGGCUCCUUGAAAAGUUGCCGGUGCGGAGGACGGUUUGUAGGAGGGCCAGGAGGGUCCCGUCAUCAGCACCGUCGACUUUGUCGGCUUCCGUCCUCCAGCGCUCCAGGAAGUCCCGAAGGGUCUCAUCCCUCUUCUGGCGUAUGGUUAGGAGGUGGGAGAAGUGCUUCCUCGUGCGACGCCUCCCGGCAAAUUGUGUCAAGAAUCGCUGGGCGAGUUCUUGCCACGAAUCAAUACAGCCCUCGGGCAGCCUGUUGAACCAUUCGUAUGCCGGCCCCUCUAAGGUGGAGAGGAACCAACGACACAAAUAUUCGUCUGACGCCCCUACCAUCAUCAUGAUGUUCUGGUAUUUGCUGUAGUGUUCCUGGGGGUCCGUCUUCCCGUUGUAGGGCUGUAUGUGUUGCCCUCGGUAUUUUUCCGGGAUUCGGGCCGCCAAUACCCUUGGGGUAAAUGGCGUCUGGGUCCGGAGCUGGAUGAUGGGUUCCCCGGAGCCCUCGGCUACCUUCUUCUGUAAUUCCUCCAUUUUGGCCAUCAUGGUCUCGUAUUUGAGGUCUGAAUGAGGGGUGGAGGUGGUGGCGUGAGCUUUGUUGGCCUUCAUUUUGUCAAGCCGGCGUUGGAGGGCCGCAAUAAUUUCGUCUCGGGGAUCCUUCGGGAGGGUCUCCGCCCCCUGCGAACGAACCCGGGCCGAAUGGGCCUGGUUGAUUUGGUGGCGAGCAUCAUUGGCAUGAAGGGGUGCCUUGCCUUUGUCCCGAGGGGGACGCUCCUCGUCUGCCCUCGAGACAGACCCUCCGCUUUCCUGGGGCCUUUGGAGUGCUUUCCCUCCGAGGCGGUCUUGGACCCCUCGGCGGUCUGGCCCUCCUCCGAGCCGGUUGAGGGCGGAAGUGCGGGGCCUUUCUCUGUUGUCAUUGUGGCGGUCCCGGGACUGAACUUCCUGGGAGGACGUAUCUUGGGCCGCUACCCCUUCGUCGUUCCUAACCCGAGGGGUGGGGUUUCCGAAGGGGUGUGGCAGUGGGGGAAGUAUGAUGUUCUCCCCAACCUGGGGUUGAGCCGGAGCCAGGGUGCCGAAGGCACCUGGGUUCUGAGUGAGCGUCUGGAUGAAGGCGGAGAGCGCUGAAUGAACGUUGAUGGUGAGAACCGGAGGGCUGACUUGGUCAUCGCUCCGGUUUUUCUUCUUGGACUCGAUGCCGAGGCGGGCAUCGUGGGCAUUCUGUUGGAUCUGAAGGCGUAGGUCGACAGCCGCCUGUUCCAGCCCAGCGAUGACACCGCCCUCGGGAGCCCUGUGAGAGGCUUCGGGGGCGUUGACGUCGCCGAGGGCCAGGUUCUUGUCUUCUACGUUUUUGGAGUUGGCACGUGUUGUUCUCACCAUUUUGGUAGAGGGCUAGUGUUUGGCGAAGGGGGAGGGUUUCUUACUCGAUUGUUCGACCUCUCAACGAGAGCACCAAAUGAUGGAUAGUCUACCCGGGGGGUAUAUAUCCGAGGGGUUAUUGCUGAGAAUAACUUAGAGAGAAGUCAGAGCACAAGUAAGUAAGAGAGAGAGUGUAUUCAGUAUGAAUGUCGUUAAAGCGUUUAAGGCGUGGCUACAAAUGGGGAAAUGAGGUGCUAUUUAUAGUAGCAAUAAAUGCCGGACAGGGACACGUGUCAAGCGCCCAUUGGCCGAGAGGUCACCUCAACUGGUUGGCGUGGCAGCCGCAUGUGGCCGCAUUUAAUGCGGCUGUUGGAUGGGACGUCUGUACAGGGUACGGUGAUCUGUACGCAUGUGAGGCGGAUAUCAUGUCGGGAGAGGUGCCCUCGGCUGCAGAGGACUAGCCGAGGACUAGCCGAGGGCUCUUAGUGCCGAGGACCCCUGAGUGCCGAGGGCUCCAGGUGCCGAGGGCUACUGUUUUCUGCCGUUUUUCCCCCAGUUUCUUAGUUUGCUCGAGAAACCCGUUCUGUGAGAGUUUCAGCCUUCGGCCAGGGGGCUGAAGGCACCCCCGGCGCGUAGUGCGGGCUGCUUGGUACUCUGGGCGCUGUGAUUUGGUCCUGUUGGGCCUUCUGGGCCUGUUGGGCCUUUACUGGAGUAGUAGGAGUCUGUGGGCCGGGGGUUCCUGGGCCAUGUACUAUAUCAAUUGUAUUUCCGAUUUUUUAAAAAAAAAAUUGUUGACCGUGCAACGCUUUUGUCGUAGAAGCGCCUCCAAUUGGCUGCGCUUUUUUUUUUAAUUCAUUCGACGCGUGCGGCGCUUAGGCAAAGAAGCGCCUUCCGUUUUUUUAAAAUUGGCCGAUGCGUGCGGCGCUUUGGUCUAAGAAGCGCCUCCCGUAAUUAAGCCUAGCUAUUCGACCGACACCAGGCCAUCCCAGGCGCGCGCGGAUUUGACGACCCCGGCCUUCAACGUCGAUAACAGCCGCACCAACAAUCAGAGGAGAUCUGCUACCGCCGCUGCUGUCUGUACGUCUGCUGCCGCCGCCGGCUGUCCGUGCAUCUGCUGCCGCCGCCGCUGCUUCAUUUCUGCCGUCGUACGCUUGCCAUCGUCGUCUUCUUCUCCAGCCAUGGUCGCUCGGCUGCAACAUUAUCUGUGGAACGCCAUUGACGGCUGUGGCUCGCCGUGGACUGCUCCGACCCGCAUCACAUAGAUAAAGGAUGUAUAGAGUUGCGUCUACACAAAAGGGUCGUGGGAAGCCGAUCAAAUGGCAUAAUAUCAAGUGUGCAAGACAAACGGGAAACACAGAAUGUGGAUAUUAUGUGAUGAAGUUUAUUUGGGAAAUAAUAACUUCUGUUGGAAGUUCAGAUAUUGCACAGGUUUGGAAUGCAAGAACGGAGCCAUAUAAAACAGAGGAGUUUGAUGACAUUAGAAAAGUAUGAGUUAGGUUUUUUGUAGAUGAAGUGUUAUGACUAUGUAGAAUUGUGAAAAUCAAGCAAACUUGAAUGUAGUUUUAUUCUAUUGUGAUACAAAUUUGUACCUUUUGAAUUGAAUUUGUGUGAAACGAUUCUAUCGUUA